GGAAUACUCGAAUCCUGGCUAUCUGGAUGCGCUCAAGCACUUGACGGAUCUCAAAGAAGAAGGGAAGAUCAAAACUUUGGCUCUCACGAACUUUGACACGAAGCGAUUGGAAAUAAUUGUCAACAAGGACAUCCCGAUCGUUUCAAAUCAGGUCCAACAUUCUCUGGUGGACAUGAGACCUCAAAAACACAUGAAGGAUGUGUGCGAGCAAAGUGGUGUAAAGCUUAUCACAUACGGGACUGUCAUGGGAGGGCUGCUCUCGGAAAAGUUUGUCGACGCAAACGUUUCAAUACCUUUUGCAGGCCCCGCUCUCGAUACACCUUCUCUAAAAAAAUACAAACAGAUGGUGAAUGCCUGGGGAGGCUGGGAUCUAUUCCAAGAGCUCUUAAAAACUUGCCAACAAGUUGCUAUGAAGCAUGGAGUUUCAAUCUCCACUGUUGCUGUGCGCUAUAUACUCGACCAACCUUGCGUUGCAGGCUCCAUGGUUGGUGUGCGACUCGGCAUUUCCGAGCACCUAAAAGAUUCGGAAGCCAUCUUCCAACUCAAGCUAGAUGAGGACGACGUGGACAGAAUUGGAUCAGUGAUAAGCAGGGGAAAGGACUUGAUGGCCGUCAUUGGAGAUUGUGGUGAUGAGUAUAGACGAGCUUAGAUUGAGAUCAAGUUCGCAAUGGGUUAGAUGGACUGCCGCCAGUCUGAAGAAAAAGGAUUGCUCCUUCUCGACAAACGCCAUGAAUCCAAAAGAGAGGACAGUCACAACUACGUGAGACUUCUCAAGGCGUACAGGGACAGUAAAGACUUAGUAAAAGGCCGGGUUGUUCACGAUCAAAUCUCUCGCAGCCAGCACUACAGGGACAGGCUCCUACUUAAUCUCCUCGUAGAGAUGUAUGGGAAGUGUGGCAGCGUAGUCGAAGCACGCAAAGUGUUCGAGAGCAUCGACCGCCCCAAUGUCUACUCCUGGAACAUCAUGACCAACGCUUAUGCCCAGAACGGGUAUCUCUUCCAGGCCAGAAGGAUGUUUGACACAAUGCCGGAGAGGGACUGCGUUUCCUGGAACUCCAUAGUGACAGCGUAUGCUCAGGCCGGGUAUAUGGACGAAGCUUGCUACCUGUUCGAGAAGAUGCCAGCCCGGGACCGUGUAUCGUGGAACACUCUAAUCGCCGCCAAUGCUCAAAGUGGUCACUUCAAGGAGGCCUUGGGCUUGUUCAGAAGGAUGGACUUGGACGGUGUUGCUCCUGACGAGUUCACUUUCAUCAGUGUUCUGGAUGCCUGCUCGAGCCUGGUAGAUGUGGAAACAGGCCGAAUGAUCCACGAGAGCGCUGUGGAGACUGGUUACGUUUCAAGCUUAGUGGUGGGAAGCUCCCUUGUCAACAUGUAUGGAAAGUGUGGUCGAGCGAAGGCCGCGGAAUUCAUCUUCUGGAAAAUGCCUAGGCGCAACAUAGUUUCCUGGACUGCGAUGAUCUCCGCUUACUCGAGCAACGGGCACUGGUCGCAAGCUAUCACUCUCUUCAGCAAGAUGGAUCUGGAAGGCGUCGAGCUGGGCAAGGUGACUUUCGUUGCUGCUCUCGACGCUUGUGGAUCGGGUGCGGCUCUCGAGACAGGCAGAUUGAUCCAUAGCAGCAUCGAAGAUAGAAACGACGUCUCUCAGACCGAGGUGGUGCUGGGAACUUGCAUCAUCGACAUGUACGGAAAAUGCAAGAGUCCCAGAGAAGCAAGGCUCGUCUUUGACAAGAUGCCCGAGAAGAACGUCAUAACUUGGACAGCCAUGAUCGCCGGCUACGCUCAAAACGGCCACGGCAAGGAAGGAGUGGCCUUGUACCGAGCAAUGGACCUCCACGGCGAGCAGCCAAACUUCAUAACUUUCGUCAGCGCCCUCGACGCCUGUUCCUUGAUUCCAUCCAUAGCGAGCGGGAGGAUCAUCCACGAGGGAAUCCCGAGUGAGCUGCAGCGAUCCAACGUCAUCGUCUCGACCGCCAUCGUCACCAUGUACGCGAGAUGCGGCAGCAUGGACGACGCCAGGAGAGUCUUCGACUGGAUGGAGCAGCGAACAGCAGUCUCGUGGAACGCGAUGGUGGCCGGCUACACUCAAAACGGCCGAGGUCUGGAAGCUUUCGAGGUGGCGGAGCUCAUGGACGUGGAAGGGAUCCCAAAGAACGACAUCACUUUCAGCAUGCUUCUCGCCGCUUGCAGCCGCUCGGGCCUCGUCAGUAGAGGCCGGGACUACUUCGUGUCGAUGAUGGAGGAUUAUGCCAUCCAGCCAAACGUGGAACUCUUUUCCAGCAUGGUCGACGUUCUAGCUCGGGGAGGAAGACUCUUCGAGGCUCAAGAGCUGGUGACGAGCAUGCCGUUUGAGCCGAACGAUCUGGCCUGGGCGACGCUGCUAGGAGCCUGUGUGACCUUCCAAGAUCCUUGGAGGAGCGAACAGGCGAAAGAUCUUUUUCGAUCAUCAGGUGGUAGCGUUGACCAGCGCGAAUGGAGCAGCGUCGUCUCGACUGGACAGCUUCACGAGCUCGCUAGCGGUUCUCCUCCGGCGUGAAGUGCCGCUAUGGAGUCUACACAAGCUGAGGAGCGACAUCCACAGCACCGACUGAGGCUUGAACAGGAUGUUGGCGAUGAGAUCCUCGGGUUCCUUGAUCUGGCCCGAGCGUCCCAGCAGAUCCGUCUUAUCCAUUGCCGAGCUUCCCUGAGUGGCUGGAGAUGGAGAGACGCCGUGGAGCAGCAUUUCGCAGAGGAGCUCCGUGGCUCUUGCCGGGAAUCCAUUCCGGGCGUAGGCGGUGGUCCACGAGACAACGUCGGUUCUCGCGACUGGGGAGCUCUCGAACGCUUGCCUCGUCAGCUAUAGCCCGCCAGCUUUGCCGUACGUGGUGAUCAUGGCGGUGGUGAGGACAACGUUGGUGUGGAGUAUGGGAAAACACCAGAUCACCACAUCAGCGAUCCUCCACAUCCAUAGCUAGCUAUAUAACGAUGUAACCGACACGCUAUGAAGUUAACUGAGCAAAAUUCUUGGGUUGAAAACAAUCCAAUGGCCAA